AUGGCGACGCUCGUGCAGCGGCAGCGGCCGCGACCUUGGCUGAGCUCACCGCCAUGCCCACGUUCCCGUCAGAAGAGGUGUCUACCCGUGCGCAGGCCGUUCAUCUUCCUCAGCAUGUUGAUGGCGCUUCUGAUGAGCCUCCUCACAAGCGUGCAGUUCUUGGCUCCUCCCAGGAGACCCACGAGCGCAAAGGUGCUGGCAAAGGAGGUUCCGCGCCGGUUUCCAGUGGCGGUGCUGAUGCCCGCCCUCUUCCUGGAGCUGUUCGCGGAGCAGGUGCUGCCAUUCUCCCAGGUGGCGGUCGUCAACCCCCGCCGCCCUCUCCGCUUCUACACGGUGCAGCCGCCAACGGUGGUCACCAAGCUGGUCAGCCUGAAAAUAUGUUCGCCGUCCGUGCGCAUGUCGACUCCGUAG